UGCCGCGCGGCUGUGUGGGUUUCUUUACACUCGCUGGCAGGCUGGGUGCCGGAUUCCUCGCCCGCCCAGGAAAGUGGGUUACGGAGGGAAGAGGCUCAGCUCAGACGCUGGCAAAGGAGCAUCCAGCCACAGAGACCAGAGAACACCUUCCUUUUUGCUGCCUCGUCUCCAUCCUUUCUAGAGGGUUUUAUAUUUGCACUCUCUCUUUUAAAAUUUUGUUUCUUUGACUUUUCCCCACCUCUGCUCUGGUUUUAUGAGGGCUUUGUUAAGUCUUAGACGGGAAAGAGACUGAGUGAGGUAAAGAGAGAGGCAAAGUGGAAAGGACCACAAAUUGGCAAAGCCUGUUCUGCUUUUGCUGUGGAUGAAAGUCCUCUGUUUGUAAAGCCCUCUCGGCGUGAGCAGCACGCGCACACCCUCCAGAGUAGCCGGACCCUGCACCGCACCUCGGCGUGGCCACCAUGGUCGCCAGAGUUCAGCCUGAUCGGAAACAGUUGCCGCUGGUCCUACUGAGAUUGCUCUGCCUUCUUCCCACAGGACUGCCUGUUCGUAGCGUGGAUUUUAACCGAGGCACCGACAACAUCACCGUGAGGCAGGGGGACACGGCCAUCCUCAGGUGCGUUGUAGAAGAUAAGAACUCAAAGGUGGCCUGGUUAAACCGUUCUGGCAUCAUUUUUGCUGGGCAUGACAAGUGGUCUUUGGACCCCCGGGUUGAGCUGGAAAAACGCCAUUCUCUGGAAUACAGCCUCCGAAUCCAGAAGGUUGAUGUCUAUGAUGAGGGUUCCUACACUUGCUCGGUGCAGACACAGCAUGAGCCCAAGACCUCCCAAGUUUACUUGAUCGUGCAAGUUCCACCAAAGAUCUCCAACAUCUCCUCGGAUGUCACUGUGAAUGAGGGCAGCAAUGUGACCCUGGUCUGCAUGGCCAAUGGCCGUCCUGAACCUGUUAUCACCUGGAGACACCUUACACCAACUGGAAGAGAACUUGAAGGAGAAGAAGAAUAUCUGGAGAUCCUCGGCAUCACCAGGGAGCAGUCAGGCAAAUAUGAGUGCAAAGCUGCCAAUGAGGUCUCCUCGGCGGACGUCAAACAAGUCAAGGUCACUGUGAACUAUCCUCCCACUAUCACGGAAUCCAAGAGCAAUGAAGCCACCACAGGGCGAAAAGCUUCUCUCAAAUGUGAGGCCUCGGCAGUGCCUGCUCCUGACUUUGAGUGGUACCGAGAUGACACCAGGAUAAACAGUGCCAAUGGCCUUGAGAUUAAGAGCACGGAGGGCCAGUCCUCCCUGACGGUGACCAACGUCACUGAGGAGCACUAUGGCAACUACACCUGCGUGGCUGCCAACAAUCUGGGGGUCACCAACGCCAGCCUCGUCCUUUUCAAGCGUGUUUUACCCACAAUCCCCCACCCCAUUCAAGAAAUUGGCACCACCGUGCACUUCAAGCAAAAAGGACCUGGGUCGGUGAGAGGAAUUAACGGAUCCAUCAGUCUGGCCGUACCACUGUGGCUGCUGGCAGCAUCUCUGCUCUGCCUUCUCAGCAAAUGUUAAUAGAAUAAAAGUUUCAAAAGAA